AUGAAGAAACAAGACCGGACGAUUUGCGCUGUCUGUCAGCUGGAGAAGUUCAAGUACAAGUGUCCCAAUGACCAGGUCCCUUAUUGCUCGGUGAGCUGUUUUCGGGUCCAUAAAGAACAAGCCAGUUGUCCAGGAACAAGCAGCAAACCUACUCAAAACCCAACCCACGACGACAUCAAGGCCCAAGUUGAUGGCUCACAAGCCCAGCCGGACCACACCUCUUCACUAGUCCCCACACCUCCCGCAGAUGUCAUCCCAAGUGGCUCGAGAUUGAAACCGUUGACUGACUUGGAUUGGCCCGUCGUCGACGAGGAAAGGCUCGCGGUUUUUAGCGACCCGUUGAGGAAAGAUGAGAUUAAACCGAUCAGACAACACGAAUGGGAACAAAUUGGUACCGAAAAGCUUCACUCUAAAAUCUCCUAA